AUGAACGUCAGCGUGCAUGAUGAGGCUACGUCUAGCCAUGGGGAUGGCUCCAGCCGUUUUAGCAAUUCCUUUGACAAGACGGUAGAUUCCGUCUCUAUGGAACCAAUAUCCGGCUUCUUCCAUAACUGGAUUGAUACACUGUCUUCAGAUUGCGUCACCUCCUUCCUUGACGAAGUUGAAAACCACCACAACCAUGACGUUGACACUACGAAUGGACAGCUUUUGGAGAAGAUCGAGCAACCAGACACCAUCGUUAACAUUGAGGAGGAAGCACUCAUGAAGCCGGCAAUGUUGCAUCGUCGUCGUGACUGGACGAGCAAUCUUGUCAUCCAUCGCGAGAUUGCCAUUCGCAAGGGCCUGAUGCGUCGACAGCAAGAAGAGAAGAAGCGUGAGCGUUGCAGCCUGCCUGCGCAGGAUACGCAGGGAUGGGAGCCAAAAGAAAACAGGCACUAUAUCAAUAUUCGUAGAGAAUCCAUCUCAAAUGACAAGAAGCUGCUUGUCGAUUGCGUCUUGCGACCGGUUCGGCUCGAAGAUGCGAUUGGAUGCGCCGAGGCCUACAACGCGGCCGUGGCCGACCAUGACCACCAGGCGGUCGACACCAGCCCAGUCUCAGCUGAGAGGUUUGAGUUCAUCAUACGAGAAUGCAUGUACGAAAAGCUGCCCUUCGUCGUUGCAACUAAGCAGAAAGUUGAUCUGUCGGAUGCCAAGAAUUGGCCGUCUCUAGACGCUUAUCGGCAGUACAUGAGAUGGAGGCAGUCGCAGCCGGAAGAGGACAAGCCUACUGAGCACAACAUCUGUGGCUUUGCUUUCCUUAGGCCAUACGAACGAGGGAUUUGUGGACUCAGUGGCACUGCGUGCCUCGCAGUCAAGGCAACCGUCUUCGUUCGCCCGGAUCGCCGACGCGGCGGGAUCGGCAGCGCACUUAUUCGCCAGAUCCUCACGCAGACCUCGAUCCUAUACUAUGGAAACGGUGCCAAGUACAAGUGGGAAGACCCUAAUCACGGUGAUGACUCCUUUCGCACGUCGGGCUUUCGCAAUGUACACCGCAUCAUCUUUCACACCAUGGACAAGAGAGAGAGCAACCAGAGCCUCAAAUGGAUGGAUAACUUCAUGGCAUCACUUCAAUUCGAAAAGUCCGGCCGUAUAAGCCAAGUCUACCGGGUUGACACCCCACAUGGCGUUGAGUGGUACGAUCAAAUCAUUUGGCAACACUGGGCAAACAAAAUCGAUAGUGUCCGCACCCUGUACAUGAGUGACGAGUCGGAGUGUUCCUACGAUUAUCCAGGAAAACCACACGCUCCUGACUACCAGCAAGUCCAGCUUCCUCCCGUCGUGGGAGAAGAGCUCGGCUACGGUUCAGACCGCGACAGCGAUGAUGUCUUUGGUCACUAA